AUGGAAAAAAAUACUGUGCAGAGAAAAUCUUACACAGCAAUGUUAAAGCUGGAAGCCGUUAAUUUUGCGAAAGAAAAAGGGAAUCGUGAGGCAGUCAGGAAAUUCAACGUUGGAGAGUGCAGUGUAUGGGAAUGGAAGGAAGAAAAAAUAGUCCUAAAAUGUUUACACCAGAAGAAACGUGGAAAAAGAUCAGGAGAUGCUUCUAGCCAGAGUUCAAAUAAAAACACCUCUCGAGAGGGUUCUUUUACAUAUCGGAAUGACAUAAGGUGUCAACAACCGGUAUUUUAUUUUACUGUUGUGUUAAGUGUGACCUCUAAUGGUGGAAGGCAUUCACCUUUAGUUGCAUUUAAGAGAAAAACAGCGCCUAAAGGAAACUUCCCCAAAAGACAUUUUGAUUGCUGUGAAUGA